AUGAAGAGAGACUCGAGGCGGAAAGAAAAGCGUAUUUGCUUCAUCAAGCUGCUUGGGCUUGCUUGCAAGAAUGAGGAUAGUCAAUUCGAGUCGUUUGUCAAGGGGAAGGAUAUACGGAAAACGGGACACAACAUCGUUGAGCUUGCAGUGAUUUGGCUCUGGGAUGAUGGAUUUGAUAUUCGAGGAAAUUUAUAUCUCAAUACAUCUAGGUUAAAUGAUCAGGUUACGAGACUUAAUCAUGCGGUUGGAGAUCUUCAAGACUCAACAACUGAAACGCCCAAUGAAUCAUUGAUCGAAAUUAUAAGACAGGUUGAAGAAAUGGCGCGCGAGAUUAUUCGAAGAGUCGCAGAAAUAGAGAGAGAACUGGCUUUGAUAUCGGCAAUCAGAGCUCUGGAAAACUUGCGCAAUCUCGUCAGAGAAGCUAGGGAAUGA